AUGACUUCGUAUUCAAUUCCCAGAAACUCUCGUUGUUUAACAUCUACUCCGAGAAUACAGUAUGAAGAGUUGUCUUCUGAAAGUGGUACUAUAAGCAGGAAACAAAGUAUUGUUCCGGAUGCUCAAAAUGCUCAAGAAUAUGACGAAAAUUCAAAUGUCGUUUUAGGUAUUAAUCAAAACAAUAACAAUAUUUUAUCUCCUCAUGAAAGACAAUUUGAAUCGUCUAAUGAUAUUGACUCAUUAAUAUUUGACUCUAAUGGUAAUAAACUUAAUCCAGAUAUUGAGGAAGUUGUCGACAAAAUAUAUGACUGGAUUGAGAAUGAAGAUAAACAUAAGCGCUAUCAAGAAGAUGAUAGUGAUGAAAAAGAAGAUUUCUUUAAAUGGAUUAAUGAAAGUGAGCGUACAAAAAUAAUCGAUGACGUCCUAAGUUGUUUUGAAAAUGGAGAGAAAUAUGAAAUUUUGACAGAUAUAGAAAUAGAACAGAGAUAUUUCGCAAAAAAUCUCGAUGCAAUUCCUCUCCAUCUUCUUCUUGUCCAUUCGACUGAAGAUCUUUUGGAUUCUCUUGAAAAUGUCAAGAGGGUACCUUCUGCUGGUGAGGCCUUGUACACAAUAGAAGAUGAAUCUUAUGAUUUUGAAUUCAUCGCUGAUAUGGAAAAUAUAGGUUCCCCAGUUAAAAAAGAUACAUUUCGCUUACCAAGCAUUUCAUCAGAAUUGUCAUUAGAUGAUACCCAGAGUUCCUGUACAAAUUUAUCUUAUGCGAAUUCUUCUUUUGGGUAUCAAACAGAAUGUGACUUUGAUGAAUUGAUAAAUGGUGUUUCAGAAAUUGAACUUAACUGUGAAGAAAGUCUAUUACAACACGAAUAUUCCUAUGGAGAUGAGGAAGUUAUGGUUGAAUUUCCACAAUCAUUCUUUGAUAAGCUAUAA